AUGAAUUCAACUUUCAUUAAUGUUAUUAUCACAAAAGACUGUUCAUACCUGGUUCAUACCUAUGAUUGGACCAAGUUCCUAGGUCUUGAAAACGAGCAGAUAUAUGAGCAGAGACAUAAUGACUGUCUCCCAAGGGACUCUUCCAACCAGUGUCCUAAACAGCCUAAAGUAGAGUCACCUGCUACAAUAGUUGUAGGUAGAGCUUAUUCCACCACAGUCAGAACAGCUGGACAGGUCCCUGAAGUGGUAAAAAAUCCUGUCUUGAAGCUAAACAUGAACAUGGAUGAAAGCUUCACAGGAUUGACCGAAAUGUUUCAAACUCCAGAAAAUAAGAGUGGAAAAAUGUUGCCAUUGGCCACAGUUGAGAAGACUGAUUUUACAACAACACGUGCUGUAGCAGAAAUUUCUGACUUGCACACUCCUGAAGAAUCUGGAGAGAUGAUGGUGUCACCUUUGAAUAGUUCAGAUGCUCCAGAACAGAAACAAGAUAGUCCAGGCAUUUGCCACUUUCUGAGAGAGGAGUCUGUGAAGUCUAUGUUUGAUGCAAUAUCCACAAAAACUCCUGAAAAAAUAAAGGCUAUGCUGGAAGAAAAUAUUAGUGUGGCUAGUUUUUCAAUAAUUCCAGAAAAACAAGCAUUUCUGGUGAAAUCAGGAACUAGAAGGAGGACUCCAAAGCAGAAGUUGGAGCCAGUGGAGGUUGUGUCAGGCAACAAGCAGUUUUUAAGGACCACAAAGCAAAAGACCCCAAAGCAAAGGUCAGAGCCAGAUGAGGUCCUAUCAGGCAUCAAGCAACUCAGGAGAACCCUGCAGCAGAAGCCAGAGCCAGUUGAGGUCCUGUCAGGCAUUAAAGAAUCAAUCACUUGA